AUGGCUGCAGAGCCCGAAAGGCCGCCUCGCACCAACGGCACCUCUGGUCGAUCCAGAGGGGUCAAGGAUGCAGAUGCGGCAUCGGAUCCGGUGCAGCGGUCGGCCAACGAAACUGCUGUUAACAACCCAGCUGCCAAACCACAGGUCACCUCGCAGGUGCCUUGGCUUUCCCCUAAUAUUCCUGCCCCUUCCACAACCGCGUCUACCACGAACUCCGCCGUUUCCUCCCGGGAGUCUUCUCCGGUCCGAUUUUCCUCACGUACCCUCAACUCUUCCUCCCACAGUCGUGUUUCUUCACAAUCCCGAAAGCCCAGCCAAGACCGAGCCAGUCCAGCCCGACACCACUCGAGCGGUCCGAAUCCCGGUCAUUCUACACAUUCGCCAUCCGCGAGUUUUUCCCGUUCCUCCUCUUCCCCCGUGAAACCGCUGGUUCUUUCCGCUUCGAUCGAGUCGGCAAAUGUUGCCAGCCCGGAGAAGAACAAUAUGCCAUCAUGGGCCGCGAAUCGUCGCACCGAGUUGGAGUCAACUCUACCAAACACAUCACACAAAAGAUCUACCCUACCGGCUGACGAUCCCACGAAGGUGGACCGAAAUGCACCCCGGCCAGCCUCAAGAACCACCGGCGGACAAGGAUCAUCGCUGGAAACCGUCGACGAGAUGACCAGCAACCCUUCCACCCCCUCGGGUGGCACAGCACCCCAACCAGUGACUCCGGAAGAGUCCCGGCUGCAUCGCAUCGACGAAGACCCAACCCCACGCGCUCCACAGCAACCCCAAGGAAGCGGCAGCGACAGCGGGGAAAACAAAGUGUCCGAGCCCAGGGAAGAGCCUCGACCCCAGACCUCAGCUCCCGCGAAAACACCCAGAACUUUAAUACCCCAAAGAUCAACUACCUCCCUUAGUGCCGGUGCUCGGGGAAAGCCUGCCGAUGGGUCGGUCCGCAACAUGACCGUUGAGACAGAGACGGUCAGUUCCAUACCGCAGGUCUCUCUUGGCGUUGGAAACGGUGAGCGUGGUAACGCUUCUCGCUCCGAGACGGGUACCCUUCGCAUGAAGCCAUCCACCGAGACGAUUCGUCCCCGCAAAGACAAAAAGAAAGGUCGCAGAGCGAAUGCCCUCACCGCUGGUCCUGCAUCAAGCAAGGCGGAUAUCUUUGAGGCCAAAGUAGCCAAUGCAGUUGAUGAGGCAGAUGUCUCAGACUCCGACGAGACUUUCGUUUACGAAUCAAAUCCCCCAGAUCCAUACCCCAAUCGCCCCCCCUCGCUAUCAUUCCCGGACGCCCAGCGCCACUUCCAUGUGGAUCAGCUAUCUAAUCGCACCCGGGGCUUGAGGGAUGCAUCGCAUGGCGUGAUCGGAAAACGCAGCAUGAAGUUCACCGGUGCUAAUAAUAGCAUUGAUGGCGGAAUCCCGGAUCUUGAUGGGGCUUCUCGAUCUUCCAGGACGGAUGGAACUGGAACUAUAACCCCGCGACACCACAAUAUUGGCAGUCGCCAUCAUUCUCGGGGCAUGCAGAGUGUUCUAGACUCUGAUACAUACUCCCAGCCGGGACCCCACUCGCAAAAGUCCCCUCGUCAUUUCAUUGGGACCCCAUACCGUCAGUCACGGCAUAGCAGCACCCGCAUGUCUCCCAAUCAUCGGAUGCUCAAUGGCUUCAAAAAGGGUGGAGAAUACGGUUCCUCCGAUUAUGAAGCAGAAGGCGCUGAUGAUGAACGCACACCCCUGGUGGGCAACCGUUCAGUGCGCAGUCGGAAUGGUGGUCGCCGGCCCAACAGUGCAAGCUUGCGCCAGAUGGAGUACAUGGCGCAGCGACACCGCGGAAUGAUUUCGCGCUUUGGCUCUUGUGCCGUUAUCUUCGUCCUAUUAUUAAUUGUGGCUGGCGGCGCAACUUCAUUCAUUGUUGCGGCAACUCGGCCCCUUUUGGAUGUCCAAGUCAUCGCCAUUCAGAACGUGCUGGCUUCGGAACAGGAGCUCAUGCUUGACUUGAACGUGCAAGCUGUGAAUCCCAACCUAUUUCCUGUGACCAUCGACGAUACCGACGUGAAUAUCUUCGCAAAGAGCGGUUAUGUCGGAACCGAUAAAUUUUGGCGCGACCAUGGCGCCGAAGAUCUAGAUAACUUCCCACGCAUUGAGCAAAGCAGACGUCGCUGGCAACUGUCGCAAGCCGUGCGUUGUAUGGGCAGUGUGAAUUGUCUGAAGGAAGCCAUGGGCGGCCACUCAAACCCGCACACCGAGGACGGGGUUGACAAAGGCACCGACCCCCCUUCAGAUCCAGAGGGUGAUCCAAAAUCAAUGCUCCUCGGUCGCGUAUUCCGCUUCGACUCCCCACUCUCAUUCGAGUCCUCGCCUUGGAGCCACCGCACAUCGAGCUCAAAAGGACAAAUCCGGCUAAGCCGACCAGGCAACAAAACCGAAACAGGAGGCACAGAGCGCUGGGAGCGUGUUCUCCAACACCCCUUCGAGCUGACUGUCCGCGGCAUUGUCAAAUACCAACUCCCUCUCAGUUCUCGCUACCUUUCUGCCUCCAUCAGUUCUAGUAUCAAGGUGGUGCCUGAUGCCGAGGACCCUGAUACCCCGGGCAAUUCCACUGCCCGGAUCACCGCGAAACGGACUCCAACACUCCUUCCACUCGACGCUCGCUCCGCGGGUUCGAGACGACCUUUUACGGCAUAA